AUGUGCAAGGAACUCAUAAUUUUGAUGAGAAGACAAGUAAGAAGAAAGAUUGUUAGCGAAUUAAAGCAAGAAAAGUACUAUUCUAUAAUAGUUGAUUCGACAUCAGACGUGUCUCAUGUUGAUCAGGUAGCGUUUUUAGUUUGCUAUGUGUCUUGUUAUCACAAAUCUGCUGCUUUAGAUUUGACAGUGAUUUCAACUUUAGAGGAAUGUACCAUGUAUUUAGGUGAAUGUUGCGGCCAGUAG